AUGUUGAUAAAAGCACUAAACUUAGGAGCUUUGAGAACUUCUCAAGAUGCAUUUCAAUGCUUGACAUUAAUAUGUGAACUUGCACCAGAACAUUUUCAUUAUUUAGAAGAAUUUUUUUCUCCAUCCGAAAUUUACGAAAUGAUUAUUCAUUAUAGUGCAAAUGAAGAAGAAACCUUACAGUAUGCAGAAUAUGCAACGAUGCUGACCAAAUAUCUCUACUAUUUCUGCUUAAAUUGCAAAGAUAUGAGUGAUGAUAAUUUUACUUCACUCGGAAUCUUAAUACAGCACACAUACAGAUACGAACAAACUUGGCAGAAGAUGUAUGUAUUCAAAACCCUAUAUUUACUUCUAGAAACCGAUAAAAUUAAAAUUUCAGAUAUUGGACCAGAUUAUUUCAAUAUUAGCUUCCAGGAUCAGUUCAAAGACUAUGGGUUAUCGAAUGGGCUCGAAUUAUGCAAGCUGAUGAAUUUAAUGUUAGAAAAAGGCUGGGAUGGCAAAGAAUAUCCUUAUUGUGAGAUUCUUUUUUUCAUAUUUAGCUAUCAAGCAAAAGAAUCUACUUAUCCGAUCAUGGAAACAUUGGCUUACGCUUUAGAAAAAAUGCCAAUUGAAAUGAAAGCUUGCUUUCUUGAUGAUUCAUUGAAAGAGUACUGUAAAAUAAUAUUAGGAUGCUGUUGUGCAAUAGGAAACGGCCAACUCUGCAAAACAUUUGGUUCUAUGUUGAGAAUGGGUCAAAUUUUGGUAAAUCUUUAUCAGGAUUUCCCUGAAAAGCUGAUGAAUUUUUACCCUCACUCAUACCAAGCAUUGAUAAACCUUCUUCAAAUAGAAAAUGUUCCUCUACAAAAGAAAAUUUUGAAACUUUUUAUUUUUAUGACACAGACUAUAAUGAACAUGAAUUUAAAACCAUUUCCUGAAAUAGUAGCAUAUUUCGAGGAAAAUGAUGGUGCUUCUGUCAUGGAUUUCUUGAUUGAACAAGAAGAUGAGGAAAUUGAAGUUUUGCUUGAUCAGCUUCACAAUUUAUUAUAUCCAUAA